UCGAGUAUUGGCGCCACCAGACUCUACCAUGUGUCUGAUCGGCGCACGCGCACCUCCCGACGCUCGCUUCGACCCACACCAAACAACUUCCGAGCACGAAGAGCAGCCCGGCCCAGAGUUUGUAUCAGCCGGCGUGUCUUUAUUCGUCGGCGGCGGCGCGUGCGGUGGCGGCGUGCUUUACCGACAACGAACAGCGCCUGCGCCGCAAACUCCUGCGCAUCUCGUACCGCCGGCGCUACACGACCGGCUGUGGAUGUGGAAGUGCUUCAACUAUACGAGUCAGCUAUCCACCGAUGGUGUGACCAUCACAGCACCCUCAGAAGCAGGGCGGUGGUCGCUCUGGGCGCUAUCCCUGUCCAACCGAGGGCUGCGUUUCUCAGCACCCAGAACCAUCAAUGUCUUCCGGCCCAUACAGCUGGACUUCGCACUACCCCCAGCUUUGAAGGUCGGGGAGACCGUUGAAGUGGACGUCAAGAUCACGAACAACAUCAACAAUUGUAUGGAUGUGACAGCACUGCUAGCGCUAAGCGCGGGCGCAGCUUUCGCGAGCACUGGCGCCCUUUACGUGACGGAGAGACUCAGACUUGGUCCUCGGGGAGGCACGCAGUUAGUGGUGCGAGUUGCAGUCAACACGCCUGGAAGAAAGAAUAUUACAGUGGAAAUAACCGGGUACAGCGCUGACAACUGCUCAGUGUCGUACACUUCGUUCAACAACGAGACGCUCGUGGGUUCAGUGAUCCGGUCAGCCAGUGUCUUAGUGCUUCCCGAAGGAUUGCACAGGAGCGACACACAGAGCGCCUACUUCUGUGCCAAUGAGCACCUAGCUGUCUCAUCCCGAGGCUCCUGGGAGUGGCAGUGGGUGGCAGCGCCAAGGAACAGAGCUGGUCUGGUGUUGGAACUCCGUUCGCAAGGCGCCGCCCAUGUCGCGUUGUCGGCCAUACGGGAGCCAUCCGAUGAUAUGUACAGAGUCGUCUUUGAGAAGACCAGGGUGUGGAUCGCUAAAGGGAAACAUGGCUACGACGUCCACUUAGCCAGCGCAGAACAGACAGAAAGUGACGAAGAAUGUUCCAAUGCUGGUUCCUGGUGCGCCUGGUGGGUGUGGUGGGAGGGUGGCCGGCUCUCCGUAGGAAGAGGGGCAGCACCUUCCGAGAGAAGACUCCUAGUCUGGCCACUGGCUCCUGAUAUGAGGAUCAAAUACGUGGGCUUUAGCGCUCUGUGGGGAGAUAAAGCGGAUUUCAGAAUCUGGAACUUCAACGAAGAGGCAGGCUUCUCCCAAGUCCUGGAACUCGGUCUUCCCCGAGGCGUGGUCCCCGGGUCUGCAAGCGGAACCUUACUAGUCUCUGGGGGUCUCCAUCUCCCGCUCUAUAGUCUUCAGAUGGACUCGACCGACCAGUGGGCUGAGGUGUGGAGAGACUCGCAGCUGUCGGCGGCUUCGGCUAGUUUAGCUCCGCUGCUGGCGUUGGAACAUAUACCGCAUUUGGUCGAGGACGCCGAAAGGGAGAGGAUUUUGAAGAAGUUGCCUGAGCAGGUGCAAGUCCUUCUAUCUUUCCGCAAAAGCGACAACUCCUUCAGCGACCAUCCAGCCAUGAGCAGUCACUUGUCCACGAUCAAGAUCUUGGAGAUCCUCACCAAAAUCCAAUCCUACUACCCAGUGGACCCAGAACUGUUGCAGAACAUCAAAAAGUGGAUACAAACUAGACAGAACCAUGAUGGUUCCUUCACCCCAUUACCAGCUGAUAAAGAAGUAGACUACUAUCCUGUGGAAAUGAAGAAAACUAACUCCUCAGAUAAGGAUGUCAAUGUGAACGAGUAUUAUUAUUAUGAUAAAGAUGGAAAUAUGACUCAGGAAGAAAUCGAUUGGGAGAGGAAGGUCGAAGUCACAGCAGAAACUUUGGUGGCGUUGCUUGAAGUUGGAAUUGAGAACCAGUUGGACGCAGACACAGCAAAGAAGUCCCAGAGUUAUUUGGAGAAGAAUCUUUAUAACCUAACCUCGCCUGCAGCCCUUGCUGCCACUGUGUUAGCUCUAGUUCUAGCCAGAAGUCCCAUAGUUCCUGAGGCAUUGGUGAUACUGAGGAAUGCGUCGACGACUGAGGAAGGCGAGUUCGGAUGGCCCGCGCCUAGGAAGGACGCAGCUGACUGGCUCUUAGAAGAGACGUCUAGGAACAUCAAAACCACUUCCUAUGAUCGUUUCAUCCACGAAGACGCGCCCUACCAAUGUUUGGUCGAGAAACUUGAUCCGAGCAAUCCGAGCGUCAUUAUUGUAGUGUUCGUGACAGCACUGCUAGCGCUAAGCGCGGGCGCAGCUUUCGCGAGCACUGGCGCCCUCUACGUGACGGAGAGACUCAGACUCGGUCCUCGGGGAGGCACGCAGUUAGUGGUGCGAGUGGCAGUCAACACGCCUGGCAGGAAGAAUAUUACAGUGGAAAUAACCGGGUACAGCGCUGACAACUGCUCAGUGUCGUACACUUCGUUCAACAACGAGACGCUCGUGGGUUCAGUGAUCCGGUCAGCCAGUGUCUUAGUGCUUCCCGAAGGAUUGCACAGGAGCGACACACAGAGUGCCUACUUCUGUGCCAAUGAGCACUUAGCUGUCUCGUCCCGAGGAUCCUGGGAGUGGCAGUGGGUGGCAGCGCCAAGGAACCGAGCUGGUCUAGUGUUGGAACUCCGUUCGCAAGGCGCCGCCCAUGUCGCGCUGUCGGCCAUACGGGAGCCAUCCGAUGAUAUGUACAGAGUCGUCUUCGAGAAGACCAGGGUGUGGAUCGCUAAAGGGAAACAUGGUUACGACGUCCACUUAGCAAGUGCAGAACAGACAGAAAGUGACGAAGAAUGUUCCAAUGCUGGUUCCUGGUGUGCCUGGUGGGUGUGGUGGGAGGGUGGCCGACUCUCCGUAGGAAGAGGUGCAGCACCUUCUGAGAGAAGACUCCUGGUCUGGCCACUCGCUCCUGAUAUGAGGAUCAAAUAUGUGGGCUUUAGCGCGCUGUGGGGAGAUAAAGCGGAUUUCAGAAUCUGGAACUUCAACGAAGAGGCAGGCUUCUCCCAAGUCCUGGAACUCGGUCUUCCCCGAGGCGUGGUCCCCGGGUCCGCAAGCGGGACUCUGCUAGUCUCUGGGGGUCUCCAUCUCCCGCUCUAUAGUCUCCAGAUGGACUCGACCGACCAGUGGGCUGAGGUGUGGAGAGACUCGCAGCUGUCGGCGGCUUCGGCUAGUUUAGCUCCGCUGCUGGCGUUGGAGCAUAUACCGCAUUUGGUUGAAGAUGCGGAAAGGGAGAGGAUUUUGAAGAAGUUGCCUGAACAGGUGCAAGUCCUUCUAUCUUUCCGCAAAAGCGACAACUCCUUCAGCGACCAUCCAGCCAUGAGCAGUCACUUGUCCACAAUCAAGAUCUUAGAAAUUCUCACCAAAAUCCAAUCCUACUACCCAGUGGACCCAGAACUGUUGCAGAACAUCAAAAAGUGGAUACAAACCAGACAGAACCAUGAUGGUUCCUUCACCCCACUACCGGCUGAUAAAGAAGUAGACUAUUAUCCUGUGGAAAUGAAGAAAACUAACUCUUCAGAUAAGGAAGUCAAUGUGAACGAGUAUUACUAUUAUGAUAAAGAUGGGAAUAUGACUCAGGAGGAAAUCGAUUGGGAGAGGAAGGUCGAAGUGACGGCAGAAACGUUGGUGGCAUUGCUUGAAGUAGGGAUUGAGAACCAGUUGGACGCAGACACAGCGAAGAAGUCCCAAAGCUAUUUGGAGAAGAAUCUUUACAACCUAACCUCGCCUGCAGCCCUUGCUGCCACUGUGUUGGCUCUAGUUCUGGCCAGAAGUCCCAUAGUUCCUGAGGCAUUGGUGAUACUGAGGAAUGCGUCGACGACUGAGGAAGGCGAGUUCGGAUGGCCCGCGCCUAGGAAGGACGCUGCGGACUGGCUUCUAGAAGAGACGUCUAGGAACAUCAAAACCACUUCCUAUGAAGCUGUAACAAUGGAACAGUACGUGGCCGGAGUCCGAGUGCUUCUUGCAGCUUGCGCCCGCGGCGCACUAGCCGAAGGAGAAGCCGCGGCGAGGUUCCUUUACUACCGGGCUUCCACGCUACAGAGGCACCCCAGCCUGGCCUACAGUGCUACGAAGGCUGCAGCACAGUAUGCCGCUUUGGCUCAUGAUAGACAUCGAGCCCUCACGGUGUCCCUGGCUACAGCUGGUAUGGAGCUAACUGAUACUCUGGAACUCCGCGCCCGGACGCCGCCAAGGCCGCUACAACUGCCCGGCCUGCCCACGAAAGUGUUUGUCUACGCUACGGGAGCUGGCUGUGCUACUGUGCAGGGCACAAUAUCCUAUUCAACGUACACUCCGAAACCUGAAAACGCACUGCUGAACAUCCAGGCAGCUAUUAUUGAAGAGAUACGACCCGAACGGAGCAGUAUUGAAGAUUUACAGGGCAACUUACCUACUUUGAUCAUCAAGACCUGCUUCAAAUGGAAAGGCAAAGAGCGCUCUGGGAUACUUCGUCUGGAAUCUUCUCUGUUCUCUGGAUAUGAGCUUCACUCUGUGAACCCCGUGGUAUUAGAUGGCGCCACCUUUGCUGACCUUCACUAUGGGUCACGGGGCGAGUCAGUGUGGUUCGUGUUUGCCAAUAUUAGCUCAACAUGCCCGGUCUGCGUAACUUACGAAGCAAGAUCGAAAUUCAUCAUCACAAGUCUACGACCAGCCUUUGCCAAAAUAUAUCCAUCUACCCGACCAGAUCUGGCUGUAGAAACCUUCUUCCAUGCUAGACCAGGCAGCCCCUUGCUCAGAGGCAUCACUGAUGAUGACUUCAUCACUUGGUUUGAUAAAACAGAACUUGCCAGUCUCCAAACUACAGCUAGCAUUGACAACAUUUGCGAAUGUGGACGCAUCUGCAGCCGAGAUUAUGAGUUCAGGAAAAGUGAAAAUAAAACGACAACAGAAAUUGCAAAAACUACAGAUAAACCAAUUGAAGAGGUAACGAAAGGUGAAAUUUCAACUUCUACUACAAUAUCACCAGAAACUAAGGAACCAGAAACAACAACAGCAGAAGUGAUGACCACAAUAAAUGCUAAACUAUUGAACAUUUCAAUCUCAACAACAGAAGAUAAUACAGACCCAAUCAUCAUUCCAACUGCUACUUAUGUCAAUUAUUCCGAUGUGGCCAAAGUUGAAAGUAAUAUCGUUCCUUUAGUGCCAAAGCAGGGCGGAGAACUAAUUGUACAAAAAAUACUAUCAAAACCAUUGUAUAAAAAGGAGGAAAUAAAAAAGAAACCUCUACCUCGCAGAAAGGGAACCUUGAAAGCUACGUAUGGAGAAAAAAUAUUUGAAAAAACAAAAUCCUUGAGUAUUCAUACCAUGACCCCCGUAAAAAUAAAUAAACCAAUAAUUUUCCAAAACUCAAAUAUAACUAUAAUUAAAUCGGAAAUACAAACAACGAAUAUUCCAGUAACCGAAAAGAAUUCUAACGAUAUUGCCAAAGUUAUCAAUGAAUCGAAACCGACUGAUAUUGUAAAAGAAGAAAAAGUAAUUGUUACAAAAGCCGAAACACAUCACAAGGAACAUUUAGAAACGUCUACAAUACCACACACAAUUACAGCAAUCACUAACAGCAAUAUCAAAAAUAUACAUUACCGAACUAAAAAACCUAAAGCAUUGACGCAGAUCAAAAAGCCACGAUUAGAAUCAAACCACACAACGGAUAUUGCCAAAAAGAAUGAAACAGAUAAUAUCGAUGCCAAAAUAAACAAAACAAAAAUAAAAAACAUAAGCACUGAAAAGCGUACAGUGAAAACUCUAAAAUCAAUAAAUAAGGAGAUCCAUAAAAUACCUUCGACGCCAAUAUCCGAGACAUCUAAAACUUUAUCUGACACAGUAAAGUCAGACAUUGCCCCUGAAAAUAAAGGUGGCUUCGAAAUUCUGGAUAAGAACAAUCUUUGGGAACUACUCAAAGAGGGUUCUGAUGAUGAUCCUUCAAAAAUAGAGGAUAAGUUACAAGUGCACAACAGGAUAACUAUACUUGCACAAACACAAAACACAACUAACGACAACCGGUCAUUAUAAACCUUAUUGUUAUGUAAUAUGUAAGAUAAAGACUUCAGUGAAUAUUUUUGUAACACACUCAUGCCACUAACCUGUAUGUAUUAUGAUUGUUAAUAUCUCGACCUGACACGGCAAUUUCUAUGCACGUAAUUGUUGAUUGUUAGAACGAUGUACCUAAUGCACUUAUUGUUUGUAAGUAGGUAUCUAUAAUUUAAUAAGUUACGACUGUGUGUCUUUUGUAAAUAUUAACGUAAGCUGUAACUUUAAUAUUAUUAAGAUAUUAUUAUGCGCUGUGACUACAAAUUCAAUGGAUGUGUGGAUGUCUUUUGUCCAAUUGCUCAAAGCCCGAAGUUCCAAAUUUUGUUUCUUAAGACAUUGUAUUACAGUGUAGAAAAAGAUAGUUGGCUUCGUAGACUUUGCAUUGGUCUGGAUUAUGAAGAAGAAUGCUUGUAGAAGAUGCUGGGUAAAAAACUAGAAGGGCUAGAAGAUAGCAGCUAAAGUAGCUUAGAAUUAUAAAGGGCUACCCAAUUACUACCUAGUCGAAAAUU